AUGGCCAGAGCAACGUGGGAAAUAAGCGAUGAGGUAGUAGCGGAGUUAGCAAGUCACUUAGCUUUGGUUGGAGGAAAUACCUCGGAACAGGAGUCAAGGUCAGAUCAAAUAUCUGAGCAACUAAAAACAGCCCCAUUACACUCUUCCAAAGUCCGUAUUGCGGUUGGUACUAUUUCUAAGGAUAUCUUUUCGCAAUACGGCUUGCUAGGAAAACGUCUCACUACUUAUGGACAUGAAAGUGAUAACCUCACCUUAGGCGAACCCAGGGAUGAACUGAUAUACAUGAACACGAAUGCGCCAUGGUCGACAUUCAUAUGUGGCAGUCAAGGAAGUGGAAAGAGUCAUACAUUGUCAUGCAUGCUGGAGAACGCGCUUCUGGCUCCUUCACGGACUGGGAAACUCUCUGAGCCGCUGACAGGCUUGGUGCUUCAUUACGAUGGAUUUUCAAGUGUCGAUACAGGCCAACCAUGUGAAGCAGCAUACUUGUGCUCAUUAGGAAUUCCAGUGCAAGUACUUGUCUCACAAAGUCACUAUCAGGCUAUGAAAGUGUUGUAUGAGAAUCUGGAAGGGCUGCCAGAGGGUUCUCCUAAGCCUAAGGUGAUGGCAAUGAAAUUUUUGGAGAAACACCUGAAAAUCACAAUGAUUAAGUCGCUGAUGGCGGUAGAUAAGGAUGGACAGAUGCCAUUAUAUAUGGAGGUAAGCUGUUGGCAACGGGAAAGCAUGUCAUGGCGAGCCCCUAAUGAUUCAUAG